GAGGCGUAGAACUUCCUAAGGGGAACGCCUAUCGUCGUCUCGACGUCAUAUUGUGCAUAUUGUUCACUUAACCGAGGACGCAAACGGCCACGUACGGGCCCGUCACGUCUGUGCAUGUGCGAAGCAAAAAAUGGAAUAUUUAAUCGAAUAAGUCGGCUACCGGGUCAAGUGCAGUUGCAAAUUCGUGCUCGCGAGUGUGACGGACGCAAACCGCGAGUUCGCGAGAGUCGCGAGUUCUAACGUCACAUGAGAUCGCGGCGUGAUCGACAUCGCGCCGCAAUCGACAAUCAAAUCCAGAUUGUCCGUCAUAAGUGAUGUUCACGAAUCGAGCAUUUUUUUAACGAUUUGUGAACGCGAGAUUACCUCGAUACAAGAAAGAUCCAGGAAUACCGAUGUUACAAGGUCAACGAUGUAAUCCUAAAAUUAAAAGAUUUACACCAGCGGAAUUUAAAAAAAAGGCAGAUGUAACCAAUCUCGCGGAUUGUUAAAUAUCUCAGAUAAUGUUUGAUAUGUUAACAUUAAUCGUUAUCGAAAUUAACGUUUGCGUGUAUGUAAUGUGAGAUGUGUAAUAUGAUAUACGUGUAACGGUGUGCGAAUAUCUGUGCUUGUUAUAUUAAGCAUAUGUUCCGGCAGUCUCGGCCGUAGUCGCGAAUGUUAUCGCUGAUCCUGGGCACCGUGACUUCUGCUUCCGCGCAUAAAACUCGUUAUUUUGCCACGUUACUCUUGCGAAACUGGUGUACGUAGUAAAUCCUCGAUGUGCGUGAUAUAACGCAAAAAAUUCGAAGUGCUAUAAUUAUUCUUGCAUCAUUUUCAUCCGAUGUUAAUUGCAAAAAAAUAUAUGACACAAAAUUUGCAAUAAAUGAUAAUUUCGUUCGACAUUUUCGCUAAGAAAAAAAUGUUUGGAAUACCCUGUAUGUUGUUUCGAAUCGUUACUUUUCCGAUCAGCUGUUCUAUGGAAAUGAAAUGUGGAUAUAUAUUCUAAUAUGUUUCGACGGUGUUCCUUUAUCAUCGUGCGUUAUCGUUCGUUUCGUCAGUUCUUGUUCGGACGUAGCCGAGAAUUAUUGACACAAGUGUUUCUUAUCCGGAGUGCCGGUGUAUGUAUACAUUAAAGCGGUUUAUUUUUCAUGUCUCUAUGUCAUAAGAGACACAUCGGAAAAAAAUGUGGUGGCAACAAAUAUAAGACGUGAAUGUUUUGUCGUGAGUGUUUUUUGACGUGAGUAAUGUUCGACCCGACAUGAUUUCCAUUAUGAACAUUUCCUUACUCUAUCUGCAUAAUAUUAUACUUAAUAAUCUUCAGAUAUAUCGUGAUAAAACGCUAAUUAAAUAUUGAACAUUUUUAUAAUAACUGAAACGUGUGUGUUAUCAAGGAUUCCACCUUGUUUCGCUCAAAUCAUCAAUCAUUUCUUCGUUCCGUUGUGUCGCUGUUACGAGUGUUUACUUGCUGACUGCGCCAAUACAAGUAGCUUUGAAUUCGAAUUCAAAUAAAUCUCAGUGAAUGUCGUACAAAGAUUUCCUUGGCCCGUGGGGCCUGCUAAUUGUAAUUGCGAUAGGAGUGGGAAUCAUCCUGAUCGCGUUGCUCCUGUUCGCUUGCUUCCUCAUGCCUGGUUGCAUCGGCUACGAAUGCUUCAGGAAACAAAGUAAAGAAGACAAGAGCGCGCCUCUACGAACGAAGAAUCAAGAAAAAAAAAACUUAAAAUUAAGUGACGUCAGCUAUAGAUCUUGGAGACUCGGGAGUCUAUAUGAAAAUGACAAUAAUGGUACUAUUAGCGAAAAUGCAGAAUCUCAUAGGGACUCGCUUAAUUCUACUAAUGCUCAAUGCAAGAAUGUGGAGUGCUCUUCGACACUGAAUUUGAUUUAUACGGAUAAGCAGAAGAAUGAUAAAAAGAUGAAAGAGUUUCCGACCGAACUGACAAUCAGCUUACAAUAUUUGCCGCCCUGCAAUGACAUUAUCAUCGGGAAGCUUGUUAUCGGUAUUGAAGCGCUGUGUGGCCUUCCUCCAAAACAAUACAACGGUACGUUGGAACCUUACGUUGCAUUGAAUAUUAUGAAGCAGUCAUGGAGCCAUAGGAAGCGGCAAAAAUUGCAUAGUUUUCGAACGAGGGGCAUCAGGCACACCGCCAACCCGAUAUACAAAGAGACUUUUAUUAUUGCAAAUACAAAGCCGCAGGAAGCUAAGGAAUGGAUAUUAGAUAUUGCUGCGUAUGAUCACGACAGAUACGCAAAUCACACGGAAUUAUGUUCGCUCAAGGUAUCGUUGAAAGAUAUGAAAAAAAUUUUUUACAGUCCGGAGAUUCAUAUGUUCAAUUACAGAAUGAAACCAUCUUAUCAGGAGUUUGGCAACGUUUUGUUAGCUAUAAGUUAUCUACCCACUGCAGAAAGACUGACUAUUAACAUCAUGAAGCUGCGCGAUAUCAAAUUUAUACCAACUGUGUUGAGUUUAAAUGAAUUUAAUCCAUAUGUUAGAGUGUUAAUGUUAAACGGGAAGACGGGUAAGAAGAUGAAGAAGAAGAAAACCAAAUUCCUGCGCGCCGUCGCGCAACCGGAGUUUAACGAGAUUUUGACGUUUGAUUUGGCAGUCACUCAACUCGAUACCGUUCAAUUUCUGGUGGUACUCUGUAGCAAGGUUUUACCGGAAGGACUAGCUGCCAAUACCGCCGACGCGAGUGAUAGCGAAGAAUCUAUCAGUUCAUUCAAAAGAUCUACCGAUACCUUCAUCGGUAAAGUGGCUCUUGGAAAAGGUGUAAGAGGUUCGACGGAGAGGCUACAUUGGUUUUCAGUGCUCCAAAAUCCAAGGAAACUUGUUACUGUCUGGCACACUUUGAAAUAAUAUGUAUAUAUGUAUGUUAUAUGAAAAAUAAUUGUAAUUUUGCGGCAACUUUUAUUAUGCACCAUUGCAAUUGCAAAAAGUCACGCGUGAUCUUAUAUUUAUUUUAUAAUUUUAUUAGUAUUAUUAAUAGACAUAUUUACCUACAUAA